AUGAAAUCAUAUUAUGAUUACUCUAAUGUUUUAUUCGAAUGCAUCAUGGUUCGCAAACAUUUCAUUAGCGAUGUGAAAUAUUAUUGCUAUGUUCUAAGUGAUUACCUGCUUAUGAGUAGGAAAGCAAAGGAUCCCGCUCCAAAAUAUGUUUUACCAUUAUAGUUGACAAAUUAAGUCGGAUGGGUUGUGGAGCGAAAAGAUAAGAAAAUUCAGUUUAAAGCUUUCACGAUGAAGUAUAUGGAGAAAUACAAAGACUUUGUGGGAAACAGCAACGACUUGUAGAAACUGAAGGAACAUCUCAGAAAUAAGGUUACAUUCUACAAGAUUGCUGAUUUCUACGAAGCAUAGUACAAUUUAGGGAAGGGGAGUUCAGCAAAGGUUAUCCAAAUAAAAGAGUUAGGAAAUGAAUAAUCGAAAUUGGCAGCAAAAGCGAUAGAUAAAAGUUACCUUUAGAAGAGUGAGUCUGGCAUGUAAGCCUUUUUAAAUGAGGUCAACAUCUUGAGCCAUCUUAGUAAGUAAAAUUAUUGUGCUCCCUUUAUCAAAUUGCACGAAACAUAUGAAGGGGAUCACACAUUCUAUCUCAUUUUGGAUUUGAUGCAGGGCAGAACUCUUGCAGAUGAAUUGGAUAUCUUAAAGCAAAGAAAGGAGAUGUUUCCUAUGAAAUUAGUCAAAGUUAUUAUGAAACAAUUGCUAUAAGGUGUUAAGAUACUUCACGAUAAUAAUAUAAUUCACAGAGAUUUGAAGCCGGAUAACAUCAUGUUUCGAGAAUUAGAUUCCUAUGAAACUCUCACCAUCGUAGAUUUCGGAUUAUCGACCUUCACUGAUGUUACUAAAUAUUAAUUUCCAAAAUGUGGUACUCCUGGAUAUGUGGCACCUGAGAUUUUGAAUUUGGUUGAUAGAGAUUCGAAAUAUGAUAAAGUCUGUGAUAUCUUUAGUUGCGGUUGUAUCUUUUAUAAGUUACUAUUUGGCCAUAGUUUGUUUAUGGGUAAUACUUUCAAUGAAGUAUUGGGACAAAACAAGAAGUGUAAUUACACUCUUGAUGGACCUGAAAUGACUUCUAUUCCUUUUGAAGCCUAAGAGCUACUCAAGAGGAUGCUGGCAAAGAACCCUUCUGAAAGAAUAACAACUCAUUAGGCUUUGGAAUCUGACUUUUUUAACAAACCCUCAUCUCCUCUGCAAUCAAAAAAACUCAAAGCAUUUAAUGUACCUAAUAUCAGUAGUAGGAAUAUUUUCCAACCUACAUUAGAUGGAUUAUUAUCUGAAGCUGAAUCUCCAUUUUAGAGAAUAGGUUAGAAAUGUAAAAAUUAAUUCGAUUUUGAUGUUGACAUUUAAGAAAAUAAAUGUUCUUCAAUUUAAAUUAGAUAAUUACCAUCUGUGAAAAAGCCCACUUGUGUAAGAUUGGAGGAUUCGACAAUUGGUAGUUUCUAUGCAAAAGAUCCAUUAAGUAGUUUCAAGAAACUCAAAGGAACAUCUCAAAAACAAUUGAAUGAGACUAAAGAAAUCAAGGUUAAUCAAUUCGAUGUUGAUUAAAUGCAAAGAAUCUCAUUAUUUAACAGAAAUGAAGAUUAUUGAUAUUGCUUCUAUUACUUAAUAUCAAUUUAACAUUUAUGAGUUA